UUCGAACCGGCGACCACCUCGUCGUCAGCCGCGGCGGCGCCGCUGGUCCCGCUCCGCUCCGGGACUCCAGCUCGGGUUUUUUCCGCGGAGGGGGUGCGCAGGAGUGGAGAACCCCUCAUCGGAGGGAACGCUGCCCAGCUCCGCCGCUUCUGUGUCCGGCAGCUCCGCAGCAAGUGGAGCAGGAGGGAGAGAGACGCAGAUACACAACAACACAGAAGCCGGACACACACACGGAGACAGGACCGGACACCAGGAACACGAGCGCUCGUCGGAGACAGGACCGGACACCGGCAACAGGACCGAAAAGUGGUUGGCCCGGCUGCUGCCCCGGCGGUGGAUGCGCGCGCGCUCGGAGAUGCGGGCCCCACUGCUCACGCUCCUCGCCCUGGCUGCUGCUGCUGUUGCCCAGGAGCCGGACCACAGCCAUGGCUGUGCUCAUGGCAGCUGCUACCCGGCGACAGGAGACCUACUGGUUGGACGAGAAAAGAACCUGAAGGCCUCAUCCACGUGCGGGAUGAGGAGAAAAGAACCGUAUUGCAUUGUCAGUCACCUUCAGGAUGAGAAGAAGUGUUUCGACUGCGACUCCAGACGGCCAUAUGACCCCGUCUACAACACCAUCAAUCACCGGAUAGAGAACGUAAUCACUGCCUUCAAACCUCACCGCAAGAAGUCCUGGUGGCAGUCUGAGAACGGAAAGGCUGAUGUCUUUAUCCAACUGGAUCUUGAAGCAGAGUUUCAUUUCACGCACUUGAUUAUGACCUUUAAGACUUUCCGUCCAGCGGCCAUGCUGAUUGAGCGGUCAGCGGAUUUCGCUCGUACCUGGCAGGUCUACCGCUACUUUUCUCACGACUGCACGGCUGCCUUCCCCGGGAUCUCCCAGGGUCCUUUGCGCAACAUUAACGACGUCAUCUGUGAGACGCGCUACUCCGACAUCGAGCCAUCGACAGAGGGAGAGGUCAUCUACAGAGUGUUGGAACCAGCCAUCAGGAUCGAGGAUCCAUACAGCCCCAGCAUCCAGAACCAGCUGAAGAUCACCAACUUGAGAGUGAACUUCACCAAACUUCACACACUGGGAGACAACCUGCUGGACCCCAGAGCAGAAAUAAAGGAGAAGUAUUACUACGCCAUAUAUGAGCUAGUCGUACGAGGAAACUGCUUUUGCUACGGCCACGCCUCGGAGUGCGCCCCCAUCGAUGGCAUCAGGGGUGAUAUAGAAGGAAUGGUUCACGGCAGGUGUGUGUGUAACCACAACACCAAGGGUUUGAACUGUGAGCAAUGUGACGACUUCCACAACGACCUGCCCUGGAGACCAGCCGAGGGUCGCAACACCAACGCCUGCAAAAAGUGUAACUGUAACGGCCACACGACCAAUUGCCACUUCGACAUGGCGGUGUACCUGGCCACGGGCAACGUCAGUGGAGGAGUAUGUGAUGACUGUCAGCACAACACCAUGGGACGCAACUGUGAGAUGUGCAAACCUUUCUACUAUAAAGACCCCAUCAAGGAUAUAAGGGACCCACGAGUCUGCGUAGCGUGCGACUGCGACCCGGAUGGCUCUCAGAAUGGGGGCAUGUGCGACAGCCACACCGACCCUUCCCUCGGCAUGGAGGGCGGUCAGUGCCGCUGCAAGGCCAACGUCGAGGGGCCGCGGUGCGACAAGUGCAAGACGGGCUUCUUUGGCCUGAGCGCUGAGAACCCUCAGGGCUGCCAACCUUGCUGGUGCGACCAUAGAGGAACCGUGUCAGGAAGCUCCCAGUGUGACCCGGUCAGUGGAGACUGCUUCUGCAAGCGUCUCGUCACUGGACGCAGCUGUGACCAGUGUCUGGCGGAACACUGGGGACUGAGCCACGACCUGAACGGCUGCAGAGGCUGCGAGUGUGACAUCGGAGGAGCGCUGGACAACCACUGCUCCAUUGAGAACGGUCAGUGUCGCUGCCGCAGUCACAUGACUGGGCGCCAGUGUAUACAGGUGGAGUCCGGGUAUUUCUUCAUGGCUCUGGAUAACUUCCUUUAUGAGGCCGAGUUGGCCAAGAUGGGACAGGGCUGUAUGCUGGAGACAAAGGAGCACCAGCCAGGUCGCCCUGCCACCUGGACUGGCAUUGGGUUUGCCCGGGCACCAGAGGGUGGCACCCUGGAGUUCCUCAUCAGUAACAUCCCCUACUCCAUGGAAUAUGACUUGCUCAUUCGCUACGAAUCACAGAUGCCGAGGGACUGGGAGGAGGUGCAAAUAACAGUAAUCCGUCCGGGACCAAUUCCUACCAGCAGCCCCUGCGGAAACACCAUCCCAGAUGAUGACAGGCUCACGGCCUCCCUGCCGGCUGGAGCCAGGUUUGUGGUCCCUCCUCAGUCUGUGUGUCUGGAGAAAGGUGUGACUUACACCCUCCGCUUUGAGUUCAGACGCUAUCAAGAUGCCAACAGUAUCCUCAAUGGAGCGGCCGAUGCUGUGGUCCUUGUGGACUCGAUCGCCCUGCUGCCUCGCCACUCCUCCAUGGAGAUGUUCAACGCGGGGGAUUCAGCCUCGAACAGCAGGAAGCAGACCUUUGAGCGCUACCGCUGCCACGAGGGAGCGAAGAGUGUGACACAUCCGCUUAUGAGUGACACCUGUGCCAAGCUAAUCACCAGCAUGUCGGCCAUCAUAAAUGAUGGGGCUCUGCCUUGUAAUUGCGACCUCCAGGGGUCCGUCAGCUCUAUGUGUGAUGUCCGCGGGGGCCAGUGUCGCUGCAGGCCGAAUGUGAUCGGUCGACGUUGUGACCAGUGUGCACCAGGAACUUAUGGAUUCGGACCCUCAGGGUGCAUAGCCUGUGGUUGCAGCUUGGAAGGCUCCGUGACUCGACUCUGUGACAAGUUCAGUGGUCAGUGCCAGUGCCGGCCUGGAGCGUUUGGUCAGCACUGCGACGGGUGCCAGGCGGGUCACUGGGGUUUCCCCAGCUGCCGACCAUGCCAGUGUAAUGGACACGCAGAUCAGUGCGACCAGAGGAGUGGAGCCUGCAUCAGCUGCAGGGGCAACACCGGAGGAGACAAGUGUGACAGGUGUGCCAGUGGUUACUAUGGUAACCCAGUUCUGGGCAAACCAUCUAGUGGUCAGUGUCGUCCGUGCCCCUGUCCGGAUGGGCCCAACAGUGGACGCCACUUUGCUGCAUCUUGUUACCAGGACAACCGUAACAGACAAAUAAUCUGCAACUGUAACCAGGGCUACACAGGUGCUCGCUGUGAUGAAUGCGCCCCAGGUUACUACGGUAACCCCUCUCAGCCCGGCGGGCACUGCCAGUCGUGCCAGUGCAACAACAACAUAGACAUGUCAGACACGGAUGCCUGUGACGGGCAGACGGGAGAGUGCAGGAAAUGCCUCUACAACACCGAGGGCCCCAGCUGUGGCAUCUGCAAGAGCGGCUAUUUCGGCGACGCUUCCCGUCGCAACUGCAGGAAGUGCACUUGUAACUUCCUGGGCACCGAGCGCAGCCAGUGUAUGGAGCGUGAAGACUGUGUGUGCCAGCGCGCCACUGGCCAGUGCCAGUGUUUAGCAAACGUCGUAGGUCUGACAUGUGACCACUGUGCCCCCAACCACUGGAACCUGGCCAGCGGGAGAGGCUGCGAAACCUGCGGCUGCGACCCCAACAACUCUGUCACCUCCUCGUGUAAUGAGUUUACCGGUCAAUGUCAAUGUCGUGACGGCUUUGGAGGGAAGACCUGCACAGACUGUCAGGAGAACUACUGGGGAGACCCCAGGACACAGUGCAGAGCGUGUGACUGUGACUGGCGUGGCAUUGACACCUCUCAGUGCAACCGCGUGACUGGCCACUGUGUUUGCCAGCAGGGCGUGUCAGGUGUGCGCUGUGAUCAGUGUGCCAGAGGCUUCUCGGGCCAGUUCCCCAACUGUCAACCCUGUCACCAAUGCUUCGGGGACUGGGAUCGCAUUGUGCAGGACCUGGCAGUGCGCACCAAGGCUCUGGCAGAGCGUGCUCAUGAGAUUCAGACCACUGGGCUCACUGGCGCCUAUGAGAAGGCCUUCAGAGACCUAGAGGAGAAACUGGCACAGGCUCAGGGAAUUGUUAACGCACGCAAUGCCACCGCUGCAGCCGUCGCUACCCUAAUGGAGCUUAUCGAAGAUCUUAGAGCACAGAUCGGUGAGACCACUGACACCCUGAACCGUCUGGAGGGGGAUCUAACCAACGUGCAGGACAGCAACUCUGAGGCAAGCAAGGAGCUGAGUUCUCUAGAGCGAGAGGCUAAAGAACUAAACCUGACUUCAGAGCAGCUGCACCACCAACUGGAUGUCCUUAAAAACUCCAACUUCCUUGGUGCGUAUGACAGCAUCCGCAGCUCCUACAACAAGUCUCGUGAUGCUGAGCGGCGAGCCAAUGAAUCCACCACCACCAAGCCCAGCACAGUCAGUCAAUCUGCGGACACCCGCCGCCGCACAGAGCGCCUUAUCUCUGCCAAGAAGGAUGACUUCAACCGCAAAAAUGCAGCUAACAAGCGUGCGCUGGGAGACCUCAGCACCAGAGCGCAGGGACUGGACAUGAAGAAAAUCAAUGAGAAGGUGUGUGGUGCCCCGGGUGAUGCUCCCUGUGGGGAAAGCCCAUGUGGGGGUGCAGGUUGCCGUGACGACGAAGGAAACCGUCACUGUGGAGGCUUGAACUGUAACGGUGCUGUAGCAGUAGCUGACAAUGCACUGGAGAGAGCCAAACACGCAGAGAAGGAGCUGAACAAAGCUAUGGGAGAGGUGGAGGGACUCUUCACCAAGGUGGCAGAGGCCAAGACCAAGGCAGAGGAAGCCAAGGGUAAAGCACAAGCAGCUUUGGACAAAGCAACAGCCACCAAAAACAAAGUGGAGCGCUCCAACAAUGACCUGAGAGACCUCAUUAAACAGAUCCGAGAAUUCCUCACUCAGGAGGGAGCCGAUCCGGACAGUAUUGAGGCAGUGGCGAACCACGUUUUGGAGCUUUCCAUCCCUGCAUCGCCCCUCCAGAUCAGACAUCUUGCUGAUGAAAUCAAGGAUCGGGUUCGCAGCCUUUCCAAUGUGGAUGCCAUCCUGUCACAAACACAGGAUGAUGUCCGCAAGGCAGAGCAACUGUUGCUGGACGCCAAAAGGGCAAGGCAUCGUUCCGAGGGGGUAAAAAACACUGCAGAGACAGUAAAACAGGCCUUGGUGGGUGCUAAGACUGCCCAGACCUCAGCAGAGAAGACCAUAGCAAGAGCAAAAGCUGACAUUGACACGACUGAGGCCCGACUGGCACAGAUUGAGUCAGAGACUUCCAACGGUGAGAAGGACCUCAAUGAUGCCAUGAACCGUUUGGGCACCCUUGGACAGGAGAUCAAUGCCCUCAAGACCAAACGUGCCAACAACAGCAUGGCAGCAGCCCGAGCCGAAGAGACAGCCACCAUGGCCCGAGACAAGGCAAACGAAGCCAAGCAGAUUCUGGAUGGCCAGCUGACAGACAAAUACCACGAGGUGCAGCAGCGGGUUCACACAAAGGCCAAGGCAGUGCAGGAUGCCAAGAAAAGAGCUGAGAGCCUCAGAGAUGAAGCAAAGGAACUCCUGACAGAUGCCCAGAACAAGCUGCAGAGACUAGCAGAGCUGGAAAAGAACUAUGAGGAGAACCAGAGGAGGUUGGAGGGGAAAGCACGUCAGCUGGACGGCUUGGAGGACAAGAUGAAAGCCAUCCUCAAUGACAUCAACAAACAGAUCCAGAUCUACAACACGUGCCAGUAACUCACAGCUCCGUGCUCUUUUGGAACUGGUUCAUCAUCACGUCAUUUUGUCAUUUCCUUACAAUCCAGUAAGCCAUCAUCAGACUUUGAGGAAAUGAAUUAAAGAAGAAAGGUGUGGUGGCUCAUCACUCAGUUAAUUUUGAAUACUAUCUUCUUUUUGAAAAACAUUGCCACGCAAUGAACGUACAUAACUGAACAUGUAAAUGUUGUCUUGAGCUCACAUGCUUUAUUUAAAUUCAAAUAUGUGCACAUUAUCUUUGGUCGUCAUUUUUUAAAUAAUCAGCAAAUGUAUGUGUUUAAAAUUGGUUUUGAAUAUUAAAAUGAAAAAUAUAUAUAUUCUAGAAAAGUCAAUAAUUCACAGAUUUGGAAUUGAAAACAUAAUGGUUUGCAAAUACUGUAAGCUGUAGUUUAAGUGUUUGUUUGUUUGUUUUUCUUACUUAGAAUGACAGCUGCAUAAUCAGCAUGUCAUCAUCGUUUUCUCCAACUUUUUAUAUGAAUUCGGUUACUCCUGGAAGAAUAUUCUGAGCUGUGCUCCAAGAAGACUUCAUUUAAAUUGCAUUAGACAGUGUCUUCUUGCAACAGGAAACGAUGUUUUUUGGGUGCAUGGUGACAAAAUCAGAGUGAAGAUCAGUUCAAAUUAAAAAUCAAUGAAAAGUAUUUUUUAUAAAGACAAAGUGUAAGAACAGGAACAUAGUCCCUGUUGGGAUUUAAAGGGGCCAUGUGUACGUUUUUGCUAUUGCUACCUAGCCAAUGUUAGCAUUAACAACUGUUUAAUUACCAGAAAUAUUGCAAGCUCAGCAUCAGACUUCAUUCCUAUACUCGUGAACAGCUGUUUCCAGUAGUGUUGUUUUGCUUCUAUAUUACUUCUCUGCUUCUACAAAAGUAAACAUGCUAACCAACCAGGCCCCUGCCCUGCUGGCGACAAGAAAAUGUACAUUUUGCAUCUUUAAGGGCAUGAAUUUAAGAGAUGAGAAAGGUUGUUACAUUAAUUGGGAUUUUAAAUUUAGGGUUUUCAAAUAAAAAUCACACCUUCUGUGGUGCUUUAAAAUCACAUCUGCUUUUAAACAAAUACAUAUAAAGGAAGUAAACGGUAUGAUUUCGCCAUUUAUUUUUAAAAUGAACUGUUCGACAUGCUAAGCCAAUAAAUAUGAACUUGUCUACAAACCACCUCAUCAUGCAGUAGGAGGAGGAUGACUACAGUGGUACUGCAGCACAACUGGGGAUGUAGUGUCAGAACUGUUGAAGACAUACAUGAACAAUAAGUGUAAGUGGAAUCUGGUGUAUUUUUCUCAAGUGGAUUUAGGUUUGAUUUAGCAUAUUGGUUCCACUCUCAAACUUGUCCAUAUAUUAAAUUGGAGCCGGGAGAUGGUAUUUUUAGCUUAGCAUAACGGUUAUGCUAGGGGUUGACAUAACCGCCAGUCACAACUGGAUGUUUGUUUAUCAUAUAGACUGAUGGAAUUUUUAUAUACAGAUGGAAUAUGUACAAGCUGCGCUAAUGUUGAAUUCUAUAGUAUAUACAGUGUUUAAUUGUGCCUUCGCCAUUUGGCUCAUGUACUGUUUGCAUGACAAUGUGUACGUUUUUCAGGAAAUGUAAACAAAAGGAAAAACCACUUUAUUUUGAUAACUAAUUGCCAAAGCAAAAUUACCAAAAGAGGCUUGUGUAAAAGUUGUAUCAAAUAAAGGGCAAAAGGCCAAAAAAAUACAAAUUAA